GACAGACAAAAAAAAUUAGGAAUUUUUAUUAUAUAAAUUAAGCAAAACUUUCUUAUCUUCACUACAACCAUGCUAGAGUUCUUCUUCUUCACCACCUUUCUUGUAUGCCUGAUGUCCUCCAUUUUGAUCUCGAAAUUACGCAAAUCUUCUCAUCUUAAAUCUCAUCUUCCACCAACCCCAUUUCGCCUUCCCAUCAUCGGGCAUCUACACCUCCUUGGUCCAAUCCCUCAUCAAGCUUUACACAAGCUUUCCAACCGAUAUGGGCCAGUAUUUCAAAUCUUUCUAGGCUCCACACCUUGUGUUGUUGCUUCUACACCAGAAACAGUAAAAGAAAUCCUUAAAACGCGUGAUGCCGCAUUUCUUGAUCGACCCUAUAACUCAGCCGUGAACUGCUUGUCCUAUGGAUACAAAGGCCUUCUCUUUAGUAAUUAUGGAUCUUACUGGAAGUUCUUCAAGAAGAUCACCAUGUCAGAACUCCUCAAUGGUAAAACACUGGAUCUCCUCCUUCCAGUUAGGCAAGAAGAACUUAACCUUUUCAUAAAAUAUAUAUCACAAAAGGCGAAAGAGGGUAACUCUGUCGAACUUGAAGGCGAGCUUAUGAAGUUGACAAACAACGUGAUAUCGAGAAUGUUUAUGAGCAAGAGGAGUUCAGGAGAAGAGGAAGGGUUAGGGGAAUUAACAAAGAUAAUUACCGAGUCAGGGAAGCUUACCGGUACAUUUAACCUUUCGGAUCAUAUAUGGUUCUUUAAGAAUCUAGAUUUGCAAAGAUUAGGAAUGAAAUCAAUGAAUACUCAUAGAAGAUUUGACGCGUUGAUGGAAAAGAUCAUCACGGACCUUGAAGAGGCAAGAAAGCAGGCGACACACGAAGAAAAAAAUUUGCUCAACAUUUUACUCGAUAUAUCAGAAGAUGAGAGCAGGGAGAUAAAGUUAACCCGGGAGGACAUUAAAGCCUACAUUAAGGAUAUAUUUGAUGCCGGAACAGACACUUCUGCUAUAACAACUGAAUGGGCAUUAGCAGAACUCAUCAACCAUCCAAACAUAAUGAAAAAAGCAGUAGAAGAAAUAGACCAAGUCGUCGGAAAAAGUAGGCUUGUACAGGAAUCGGACAUACCAAACCUUCCAUACCUCCAAGCAAUUGUUAUGGAAUCACUACGGUUGCACCCUGCAGCCCCACUAAUUCAAAGAUUAUCAACACAAGAUUGCACUAUUGGAGGAUAUCAUAUUCCAGCAAACACUACAACUUUCAUAAACGUUUGGAGUCUGGGUCGAGACCCCGCCUACUGGGAAAACCCACUUGAAUUCAGGCCAGAAAGAUUUCAAGAAAACAAGUUGGAUGUGAGAGGACAACACUUCCACUUAAUACCAUUUUCGACUGGAAGAAGGAUGUGUCCAGGGAUUUCACUAGCGUUGCUCACGCUACCCACAACCCUUGGUGCAAUGAUUCAAUGCUUUGAGUGGAAGGCAGCAGGGAAAAAUGGGAAUCAAGCUAUAGUUGUUGAUAUGGAAGAGGGUAUGGGACUAACGAUUCCUAGAGCUAAUCCAUUGGUUUGUGUUCCCGUUGCACGACUUGAACCCAUCCCCCUAUACGUGUAACAUGCCAUCCGUCGAUUUUUAUUUUUGUACGUUGUGACAACCGACAAACUCGAACAAAUUUAAUUAUGUUUUCGUUAUGUUAAUGCAUUUUACACUUAAUUUUGAGUAA